AUGGGCGAGCAUAAUCUCCUGAAUCCCGGGUUUGUGGGGCCGCUGGUGAACAUCCACACGGGAGACACGUUCUACUUCCCCAACUUCCGCGCGUCCGGGGCGCAGCUGCCGGGGCUGCCUUCGCUGUCCUACCCGCGCCGCGACAACGUGUGCUCGCUGCCCUGGCCGUCGGCGGAGCCCUGCAAUGGCUACCCGCAGCCCUAUCUCGGCAGCCCGGUGUCGCUCAACCCGCCCUUCGGCCGCACGUGCGAGCUGGCGCGAGUGGAGGACAGCAAGGGUUACUACCGCGAGCCGUGCGCCGAGGGCGGCGGGGGCCUGAAGCGUGAGGAGCGCGGGCGCGAGCCGGGCCCGGGAGUCGGGCCAGGGGCAGCGCUGCUGCCGCUGGAGCCGUCGGGGCCGCCCGCGCUCGGUUUCAAGUACGACUACGCGGCAGGCGGCGGCGGCGGCGACGGUGGCGCGGGACCCCCGCACGACCCGCCCUCGUGCCAGUCACUGGAAUCCGACUCCAGUUCGUCCCUGCUCAACGAGGGCAACAAGGGCGCCGGCGCGGGCGACCCGGGCAGCUUGGUAUCGCCUUUAAACCCCGGCGGCGGGCUCUCGGCCAGCGGCGCGCCCUGGUACCCGAUCCACAGCCGCUCCCGGAAGAAGCGCAAGCCCUAUUCGAAGUUGCAGCUGGCGGAGCUGGAGGGGGAGUUUCUGGUGAACGAGUUCAUCACGCGGCAGCGCCGGAGGGAACUCUCAGACCGCUUGAAUCUUAGUGACCAGCAGGUCAAGAUCUGGUUUCAGAACCGGAGAAUGAAAAAGAAAAGACUUCUGUUGAGGGAGCAAGCUCUCUCCUUCUUUUAG